AUGGAAUUGUCUCCACCAGACAACAGGAGACCGAACUUCCAGGCUGCCUCGGACGAGAGUAUAUUAACCAACCACAACAGCAAAGGUGAGACACCUGGGGCAUGGGAGAUCGACAGCGCAGUCACAAUCGAGCUUCCUGAGCAUCUCAAUGGCAUGGCUGGUAAGAGGGCUCUCAUGUCGGAGCUUUGCGAGUAUGUCCCGUUCUAUAAUGUCCCGAACGUGGUUGUCAUUCACCCUCCGAACGGUGCUGAUCUCUAUCUUCAAGUCUUGAAACCAGAGUCCGGUGAGCUUAUCUCCGUUGCACUACCGAGCGAUGUCCUACCGAAUCCAAAGUUCAUAUGCAACAUAGUAGCUUCCUAUCGUUUUCAAUCAUCUGCAUUAUACACCUCUCGUCGACCCAUCCUGCAAAUAAUUAACACGCUGGAAACCCCUUCGCCACCCUUUGAAAAAACCGGUGUCAUUCUUGAUUCAACUGUCUCUGUCUAG